AUGACGAGCCAAGAACCAAUUGCCAUUAUUGGCUUCUCCUGCCGCCUUCCUGGCGGCAACUCCAACCCUCGCAAGCUUUGGGACUUUCUAGAGAGAGGCGGCAUCGCUUCCAACAAAGUCCCCAAGAACCGCUUCAACAUCGAUGCCCACUGGGAUGGAUCACACAAGCCUCGGACCAUGCGCCCUCUCGGCGGCAUGUUCCUGGAGGACCACGACCCCGCCGACUUUGACGCAUCCUUCUUUGAGAUUUCCAAGACGGACGCAAUUGCGAUGGACCCGAAUCAGAGACAAAUGCUCGAAGUGGUAUUCGAAGCGUUGGAGAACUCUGGUGUGCCUCUUGAGAAGUUGGACGGCGCUCCAGUGGGAUGUUUUGUUGGUUCUUUUGCAUCAGAUUACGGUGACAUGCAGGGUCGCGAUCCCGACGACCGCCCUGCCAACAUCACAGUUGGCGUUGGCCGCGCCAUCCUGGCCAACAGACUCAGCCACUUCCUUAACAUCAAGGGUCCCAGCAUGACGAUAGACACGGCGUGCUCCGGAUCCCUCGCCGGUCUCGACGUGGCGUGCCGGUACCUGAAAACAGGCGAAGUUGACGCCGCCAUCAUCGCCGCCAGCAACCUCUACCUCAACCCGGAGCACGUCAUGGACAUCGGCGCCGUCGGCAACGCCCACUCGCCGACCGGCCUCUGCCACACCUUUGACAUUUCCGCGGACGGGUACGUCAAGGCGGAGGCAGUCAGCUCCAUCAUCAUCAAGCGCCUGUCCGACGCCAUUCGUGAUGGUGAUCCGGUGCGCGCCGUGAUCCGCGGCUCGUCGACGAACAGCGAUGGCCGCACACCGGGUAUUGCCAGCCCCAGCGCGGAAGCGCAGGCUGUCGCUAUUCGCGCGGCGUAUGCCAAUGCGGGCAUCACAAACUUGAACGACACAGCGUACCUGGAGUGUCACGGUACAGGAACUCAGGCCGGUGAUCCCACCGAAGUCAGAGGCGCAGCGUCAGUGUUUGCUGCUUCUCGCCCAGAUGACAAGCCUCUUAUUAUUGGCUCGAUUAAAAGUAAUUUGGGCCACGCGGAGCCUGCGGCGGGUAAUUCCGGUCUGAUCAAGGCUGUGUUGGCGAUUGAGAACGGUCGGAUUCCUGGCAACCCGACAUUUGAGAAUCCUUCUCCAAAGAUUGACUUUGCUGGCUGGAAGGUCAAGGCUAGCCGCUACACCAUCCCCUGGCCCACCCAAGAUCUCCGCCGUGCCAGCGUCAACUCGUUUGGCUACGGAGGCUCCAACGUUCACGUCGUCAUCGAGCAGGCCGCCAUCGACCACAAGCCUCGUCACGUAUCCUCCUAUCUCUCUGAAGAUGCGGAGCUGGACUUUGACGACGAGCCGGACCAGGCCCGGCCCCAUACUCUCGUCCUCUCGGCCAACGACGAGGCCUCGCUCCGCGCAAACAUCCGCGCCCUCUCCAACCACCUCAUCAACCCCCGCGUCAAGGUCGCCCUGUCCGACUUGGCCCAUACCCUGAGCGAGAGACGCUCGGCGUUCUUCCAUCGCGCGUAUCUCACCACGAGCACCACCGACUUCGACGAUGGCGCGUUCGUCCUCGGCAAGAAGCAGUCGGAGAAGCCCCGCAUCGGCCUCGUCUUCACCGGUCAGGGCGCCCAGUGGCCGCAGAUGGGCAAGGAGCUGCUGCAGUUCUUCCCAUGGACGCGCAGCAUUCUCGAGGAGCUCGAUGCGGUUCUGCAGAAGCUACCCGAUCCUCCUGCCUGGUCGCUCGUUGACGAGUUGACCCAAGCCCGCUCCGCCGAGCACCUUCGACAGCCGGAGUUCUCGCAACCUCUUGUGACCGCUCUCCAGCUCUGCAUUCUGGCUGUUCUCGAAUCUUGGGGUGUUUCUCCGCAAAGUGUCAUUGGCCACUCGUCUGGUGAAAUUGCCGCCGCUCAUGCCGCCGGCUUCCUCACCCGCGCUGGCGCCAUCGUCGCUGCCUUCUAUCGUGGACGUGCUGCCGUCAACCGCAAGAAGGACGUGGCCCAGAACGUUGGCAUGCUUGCUGUCGGCCUCGGCGGCGACGCGGUCAAGCCGUACCUCGAGCCCCAUGCCGGCAGCGCCUGGGUCGCGUGCUACAACAGUCCCGGCAGCGUCACUGUCUCUGGCAAGGUCGAGGCACUUGAGGCGCUCGCGCAGAGCCUGAAGGCCGACUCGCACUUUGCAAGGCUGCUUCAGGUAGACCUGGCAUACCACUCGGCGCUCAUGGGUGUCAUUGGCGAGGAGUACGAGAACCUCCUGCAAGCAAACAGCUUCAGCUCUUCUGAAGGCAACCCCAGCGUCUCCAUGUUCUCUUCCGUCACCGGAAAGAAGAAGACGGAUGCUGCGGAUGCCCUUUACUGGAAGAGCAACAUGGUGUCUCCGGUCCAGUUCAGCGACGCCGCCCAAGAAAUGCUGACUUCGCCCGAGGCCCCGACCGUGCUGGUCGAGAUUGGUCCCUCGGGCGCUCUGGCCGGUCCCAUCUCCCAGAUCAAGAAGGCUCUGGAGAAGCAGGACAGCGAUGUCGCCUACAUCGCCGCCUGGUCCCGUGGCGCCAACGCCGGCAAGGCCUUGUUCGACGCUGCUGGGCGCCUCUUCGUUGCCGGCCAUCCCGUUGACCUCGCCAAGGUCAAUGAGUACCAGCAACCGUCUACCAUCAUCGACCUGCCUAACUAUGCCUGGAACCACUCCAUCAAGUACUGGCACGAGAACUCUGCGAGCAGAGACUGGCGCUUCAAGAAGUACACUUCGCACGACCUGCUUGGGAGCAAGGUCCUGGCUACCUCGUGGCAGGCACCCAGCUGGAGGGCGCAUCUCAACCUCGCCAACGUGCCCUGGCUCAAGGACCACAAGAUGGGUGCCGAUGUCUUGGUGCCCGGCUCCGGCUUCAUCUCGAUGGCGCUGGAGGCGAUUUGGCAAAAGCACAAGGCUGUGGAACCGGCCGCUGCCGAGGUCGCUUCCAUCAAUGAUCUGGCCUACCGGUUCCGCAACGUCAAGUUCGAAAAGGCCCUAGUCCUCGAGGAGGGCAAGGACACCGAGGUCAUGCUCUGGCUGACCCAGCAGCCUGGCAGCAAGAGCUGGCACGAAUUCGUCAUCUCCUCCACCACCGCGGACGACUUCCGCAUCGACCACUGCUCCGGCCUGGUCAGGGUGCAGGACGAGGUGCCCGACUCCAUCCCCGAGGGUCAGGAUGGCGAGCUUGCCCACCCCACCGCCGGCCGGCUGUGGUACAAGGCGCAGUCCGAGAUUGGCUACGGCUUUGGCCCCUCGUUUCAGAAGCUCAAGCACGUUGAGUCGCUCAGCGGCAGCCGCAAGGGCCGCGCCGUCGUCGCGCUGGAGCCGCCGGCGUCCAAGUGGGAUCCCCAGUCGUACUACCCCAUCCACCCGGCCUCGCUGGACGGCUGCUUCCAGACGGUGACGCCGUCGCUGUGGUCGGGUGAGCGCAGCUCCAUCAACGCCGUCGUCGUGCCGUCGGUGCUUGACGACCUCGUCAUCAACAAGGUGCCCCGUGACCUCCAGGACGGCCUGUCCCUCGCCAGCUCCGAGUACUCGGGCCGCGGCCGCCUGUCCGAGGCCAAGAGCUACAUGUCUCACUGCGCCGUGUACGACCCCCGCACGGGCAAACUGGUCGCUCGCAUGACCGGUCUUCACUUUGCGGAGCUCAACACCGAGGUUAAGGUCGACCCGCAUACCUUUGACGAGAUUUCGUGGAAGGCGGAUAUUAGUCUGCUUUCCGACCAGCAGCUCUCAUCGCAGCUGCUCGGCCUUGAAUCUGUCGAAGCAGUCAACGCCACGAUUGACCUUGUUGCUCACAAGAAACCUGCUCUUUCCGUCCUCGAGAUCAGCCUCGACGCUACGGAUGCAUCCUCAAUCUGGUUCGACACGGUGCAGGAAUCUUUCUCUGCACGCUCUGCGUACGCCGAGUACACGGUGGCUACCGUGGGAGGGCCGAGCCUGGUUGAUCUCCAGACAAGGUACGAGGACAAGCGAAACACUUCGUUCUUGCUCCUGAGCGAGACCAAGGAGAACCUUGGCCUGGAAGCGGCUUCAUAUGAUCUGAUUAUUGUCAAGCUUGGAGAAGGCAACUCCGGUGCCCUACUUCAAGCGAUCGAGCCGCUGCUGUCUCAGAGUGACGCCUAUAAGCUGGUCACCCAAGGCAAGAUCUUUGACUCCCGGGCUGCCACUUCGGCUUCGGAGUCCGGCUCCAUCCCGUCUGCGGCGACCCGAUCCCCCGAGGUGCUCGAGACCCCGCGUGCACCUGCAACUGCGGAUCCUAGCAUCCAGUCCUCCUCUGUGGCGGACACUCCAUUGCCCGGCCAAGAUAUUGCUGGGAUCAAGGGCCUGGAUCUCGACAUUGCCCUUCAAGAAAAGUUCUCUGCGGUCCCGAACAAGGUAUUCGUCGCACCCGAGCUUUCGACGCUUGGAUCUCCUGUCGAGAUUGCAUCUGGCGAAAGCCUUGUCGCUCACCUGUACUCCCCGAGCAUUGCCCAAGUCGAGACUACCCGCAAGUUGUCCAUCGUCAGCUUCUCCGGGAAGCCGUCGUCUGUGAGCGACACUCUCACGGCCUCUCUGGAAUCUGCCGGCUGGGCUGUCGCAAGCCACGGACUUCCGCUCACCAAGCCUGCCGACGGAAGCAUCGUGCUCGUCCUCGACGAGCUCGAGUCGCCCCUCCUGCGAGACAUUAACCUGGAGCAGUGGACUUCUUUGCAGGCCCUCGUCAGCUACGGCAACCCGGUUCUCUGGAUCACUCAAGGCUCUCAGCUGACGGUGACGAACCCCGACUCGGCGCUUGCCCCGGGUCUCUUCCGCGUCAUCCGCAUGGAAGACCAGAGCGCCCAGCUCGUCACCCUGGACGUCGAAUCUACGACUGGUCCCGCUACUGAGGACGCUAUCAAGCGCGUUCUGGAUCAGCUGCUCCAGCCGCGCCACAAGGAAUUCGUCGAGACCGAGUUUGCAGAGAGAAACGGAACUAUUCACGUCCAUCGCGUCGUUCCGGAUGUCGCGGUCAAUAAAUUCAAGUCGGUCCAGAAACUUGGCGCCGAGCUUGUCGUCCAGGACCUCCAUGCCAACGAGGUGGAGGUUUCGCUCCGCGCUGAGCGCAUGGGUACUUUUGACGCGUUGACUUGGGCCGAGAACUCGACCAGCGCCGUCUCCGUGGAAGAGGGACGCAUCGAGGUUGAGGUUGUCGCUGCGGGUGUCAACUUCAAGGACGUUGCCGUCACCAUGGGUAUCGUCCCCGAGAACGAGUACACGCUGGGCUACGAAGCGGCGGGCAUCGUCAAGCGCCUGGGCCCUGGCGUGACCAAGUUCAAGGUCGGCGAUCGCGUCUGCUUCCUCGCCAACGGGAGCUACGCCAACCGCCUGCAGGUGCCUUACCAACGGGCCCACGUCUUCCCGGACACCAUCAGCUUCGAGGAGGCGGCGACGAUUCCGUCCGUUUACCUCGCCUCCAUCUACUCCCUUUACCAUCUCGGCAAUCUGCGAGCCGGACAGACCGUCCUGAUCCACUCCGCCACCGGCGGUGUCGGCAUCUCGGCCAUCCAGCUCGCCGUGCACAAGGGCGCCGAGGUUUUUGUCACAGCGGGAACGGAGGAGAAGCGCGAGUUCCUGGCCACCAACUACGGCAUCCCCAGAGACCACAUCUUCUCGUCACGCAACACGGACUUUGCAGCUGCGAUUAAGAAGCUGACAGCUGGCCGCGGCGUAGACGUCAUCCUAAACUCUCUAACGGGCGAGAUCCUGGACGAGUCGUGGCGCAUCACGGCUGACGGUGGUAUCUUCGUCGAGAUUGGCAAAAAGGACAUUGUUGAUCGCAACUCGCUAUCUAUGGAGCCGUUUGAUCGCAACUGCUCUUUCCGUGCCAUGGACUUUUCCUACACCAAGGAUAUCUCCCUACCCUUGAUUGAAAAGCUACUCGGCGAAAUCUUUGAGCUUGUCAAUGCUGGUCAUGUCAAGCCGAUCCAGCCCAUCACCACGUUUGGUUUUGACGACAUCCCGUCCGCCCUGGCUCACAUUCGUAGCGGUCGCCACAUUGGCAAGGUCGUCAUCUCCAGCGGACAGCACGUCCCGGUCGAGGUCCCCAUCCGCCCCGCGGUGCGCAAGCUCUCCCUGGACCCAGCCGCCUCCUACUUGAUCGUUGGUGGUCUUAAGGGCCUCUGCGGCAACUUGGCCAUUCACAUGGCCAAGACUGGCGCGCGUCGCAUCAUUGUCUGCUCUCGAAGUGGCUUGGCGGAUGCUGCUUCGCAAAAGACGGUGGCCAACUGCCGCGCCUAUGGCUGUGAAAUUGUCGAAGCCAAGGGUGAUGUCGCAGACGAAACUUUUGUGCGCAAGAUUUUCCAGGAGGCUUCCCCAGCUAUUUCGGGCGUCAUUCAGGGUGCCAUGAUUCUUCGAGAUAAACCAUACGAGAUCAUGACGCAUGAAGAAUACCACGCCGCAAUCCAUGCCAAGAUCCAAGGUACCUGGGCUCUGCACCGCGCCUCGCUCGACCAGCCCAAGAACCUCGACUUCUUCACCCUCCUCUCCAGUAUCUCCGGCAUCGUCGGUAAGAAGGGCCAGUCCAACUACUCGGCCGCCAACACCUUCCUGGACUCUUUUGCGUACUACCGCCAAUCGGUCGGUCUGCAGGCCAACGCCGUGGAUCUCGGCUUGAUCGAGGAUGUCGGCUACGUCGCCGAGCAGGGCGGCAUGGACAGCCACUUUGACAAGCGCCAGUGGACGCCGAUCCUCGAAGGCACCCUGCGCAGCAUCCUCGACUACUCGAUCCUGCAGCAGACGGGCAAACCGCUCAACCCGACCAGCGCGCCGCAGCUCGUCACGGGCAUCGGCUACCCGCUCCCGGACGACUCGGACCUGAAGCGGGAGGCGCGGUUCGGCUACUUGUUCAGCCAGGCGGGCGGGGCGGACGGCACGGCCAAGGAUGGCGGCAGCAAGGGCGACCAGGCGAUCCGGGCGCUCAAGCUGAUGCAUGCGAGCGGCGCGACGGGGGCGCCGCUGGUCAAGCUCGCGACAGAGCUGGUGGCGGCGCAGAUCACCAAGAUCCUGCGGCUGGAGACGGAGCUGGAGCCGGCCAAGUCGCUGAUGGCCUACGGCGUGGACUCGCUGGCGGCGGUCGAGCUGCGCAACUGGGUGCGCUCGGAGCUGGGCGCGGAGCUGUCAACGCUGGACAUUACCAACGCCAGCUCGCUGAUUGCGCUGUGCGAGAAGCUGGUGCUAAAGCUACCGGCGGCAUAA